AUGGCUGCUCAGAUUGACCCAGAGAGUCUACAGAGGAGCACAGAGCAGACUCCGCUGCUUGCAGACCAACCUUCGGACCCUGCGAGAGAUGAGGCCGAUAACGAAGCCGAGCCGGAGCCGACACCGGAAAGGAGACCGAAGAGUUGGUACGCGUGGCGGAUUUUCUGGGCUCUGCUCGCUAUAGUCAUUCUUUCCGUCUUUAUCAAAGGAUGGGUUGAUUCGGAUAGCAAAGAGUUUGAUCUUAAGAAAGCCCUCAAGAGAGCGCUUGGGGGUGGUCUCAGCGGUGCAGCAGCUAUGGUGUUGCAGGUGCUGCUUCUCAUGCCUCUACGAACUAUCAUGAACUAUCAGUACCGCCAUGGCACGUCCUUCACAGUCGCCACACGCACGCUUUACACUGACGGUGGAAUCCGACGAUAUUACCAGGGUAUUGCGCCUGCUUUGUUUCAAGGCCCCAUUUCAAGAUUCGGAGACACAGCAGCCAACGCUGGCAUUCUUGCUUUGCUCCAAUCAAACCCUUACCUCAAAGAUCUCCCCUCGCCAAUCAAGACCAUUUUUGCUUCUCUAUGUGCUGCGGCCUUUCGAAUGAUUCUCACGCCUGUCGAUACCUUGAAGACUACUCUUCAAGCUCAAGGUGCUCGUGGAACAGCCAUCCUCAGACGGCGUAUAAAAACAAACGGUAUCGGCAGCCUAUGGUGGGGUGCCUUUGCUACCGCCGCUGCAACGUUUGUGGGACACUACCCUUGGUUUGCUACGUACAAUUAUCUGUCAGAGGCUAUCACCGAACCCCCAAGACACCCCCUUGUCUGGUGGCUUCUCCGUCUAGCUUUCAUCGGCUUUUGCGCCUCGAUCGUAUCGGACUCUAUUUCCAACUCACUCAGGGUUGUCAAGACAUAUCGCCAGGUCAAUGACACCAAAAUCUCAUACUCGGAAGCGGCACGUGCUGUCGUCGUCCAAGAUGGCAUUUUCGGCCUCCUGGGACGAGGACUCAAGACCCGCAUCUUGGCCAAUGGUUUGCAGGGCAUUCUAUUCUCCAUUCUUUGGAAGUUAUUCUUGGAUCUGUGGGAAAAGAGAACCUAG